CAGUUAAUGUCAUAAAAACGAAUGAAACGAUAAUAUUGCACCAGUGUUCAAUGAUAAUAAUUAUUUAUUAUUUUUAUUGAUAUUAAAUUAUUUAUUCUUAGUCUUACUUGUAGUGAUAACUUAUAAUAAAAUUGAUAUGUAUGAGGCUUAAAUUCCAGAUAUUUCCUUUACAUAUCAUUGUGUACUUUUUGUUUGGCAAGUUGUUGCUAAGGUAAUGUUAGAGAAGUCCGAAGAAAUGAUAUUUCUGCAAAAAAUAUAAAUUAAAAUGGUGUUUUUUAACCUUUGGAUUGUAUUGCAUUGGUAUUUACGACCAUUCAUAAAAUGGUUUCUUCGGAAAACAACACGUCUUUGCGAGUUACAAAGAAUCUGUUAUGGUGAUAAACUUGGGGCGCAAAGGACUUGCAACGUAGAGAAAUCAUUAAUGCUCUCACGCACUAGAGAUAUAAAAGAAGUCGUCGCUUUUUUAGAUGCUGUAGUAAUUGAACGCAGAUUUAUUCCUAUUAAUUUUGAUGACAUUUUAAAUCCAUCUGUAUCUAUAAUAAUUCGUACGAAACAAAUAAACACAAAAUUACAUCCGACCUUUAGUCCAACGUUUAGACAUUGUUUACAACAAAUAUGGUGCUACAGACAAUUAGUAGAUGAAGUGGAAGAACUUAGGUGUACACAAUAUGAUAGUAAAAAUUUACAACAUGAGGAAAAAUUGUUGACUCUUUGGAGAUUGUUGCAACCCAACGAGUUAUUAGAAGACAGAGUGACCAAACAGUGGCAGAAUAUUGGUUUUCAGGGAGAUGACCCUAAAACAGAU